AUGCGAUGCACCAAGGCUUCCAUCCCGCUUCUUGGCAUUGGCGGAACGCCUUCCGGCCGCACACGUGGACGUGUCACCGUGCCGUUAUCUUCGAUACACGACUCUUCGAUCACGUACGACCUGCACGCCUACAUUCUUCCGCGAGUGACCUUUCAGCUACCCACUUUUGAGAUUCCAACAAGUGAAUGGAUGCAUCUUCAAGGAAUACAAUUAGCUGAUCCUGAUUUCGGACGCCCUAAUUCGAUUCAGAUCAUUCUGGGAGCGGAUGCCUACGGCCAUAUUAUCAAACCAGACUUGAUUCAAGGCGAUCCAUCGUCGCCGAUCGCCCGAUCUACCAUCUUCGUCGAGAGUUAUCACUGUUCCAUCGACCAUCAAUUACAUCAGUUGUUGAAAAAAUUCUGGGAACAGGAGGAACUCCCACCGACUAAGUCCACCUCCCUCAGCCCCGAGGAAGCAGAAUGCGAAGCAUUCUUUUGUUCCACUCAUCGAUGUGAUGAGAACGGUCGAUAUGUAGUGCGACUACCUUUGAAGUCGCCACCUACAGAACUUGGCAACUCUUCUGCUGUCGCCUUCAGCAGCUUGAUUCGACUUCGUCGACGGUUUGACAAGGACCUACCCUAUCAACAAUUAUACACGAAUUUCAUGCUGGAAUAUCUGGAGCUCGGACACAUGGAGCCCGUGCCUCAUUUGGAAAUAGAUCGCCAUCCAGCUUACUAUAUGCCACAUCACGGAGUUUACCGCGAACAUAGCGAAACCACAAAACUACGGGUGGUUUUCAAUGGCUCGAGUCGUUCCGAUAAUGGAGUUUCUGUUAAUGAUAUCUUAUACCCAAAAGCCAAACUACAAACCGACAUAUUCGACGUCCUGCUUCGGUUUCGACAGCAUCAGGUUGUCUUCUCGACGGACGUGGUUAAAAUGUACCGCCAAAUCAUCAUCCAUGAGGAGGACCAGGACCUUCAAAGGAUUUAUUGGUUUGAUGAUCAUCAAACGCCCCAUUCAUAUCGACUCACGACUGUGACUUAUGGCCUUAAUUGCGCACCCUUUCUAGCUCUUCGGGUCAUCGAGCAAUUAAUUAUCGAUGAAGGUCAUCAAUUUCCUAAAGCGGUGCCAGCACUGAGUAAGGGUCGUUAUGUCGACGACAUUUUCGGGGGAGCCGACUCGAUAGAGGAAACGAUGGAAAUCAUAAAUCAACUGACGCUUCUCUGUACGGCGGGCGGGUUUCCGCUACAAAAGUGGAAUAGCAAUUCGCAAGAGAUUCUACGACGCAUGGCAGUCACUCCAAAUAAAGACGUACCAAUUAUUCAGAGCCACUCGUCCAGAGUAAAGACGUUAGGACUCUGCUGGCGUCCGGAAACAGACGAAUUUGAAUUUACGUCGUUGCCGACGCCAAGCUGUGUCAUCACAAAGAGAACCGUCUUCUCCGAGAUCGCACAAUUAUACGACCCACUUGGUCUCCUAUCCCCGGUUGUGAUACGGGCAAAAAUGUUGCUUCAGGAACUUUGGGUUGCAAAGAUUGGAUGGGAUGACUCGCUGCCUCCGGAGCUCGAAACCCGCUGGAACAGUUUUCGUCAAGACUUACCGCUUUUAAGCCAACUCAAAUUUCCACGUUGGCUACACAUUUGUUCGAAAGCAAAAGCAAUAGAAUUACAUGGAUUCUCAGAUGCUUCGCAGUUGGCCAUGGCUGCGGUCGUCUAUGUCAAGGUCUCUAGCGAAACGGAAGAAACCUCUCUGUCUCUCAUAUGUGCCAAAACGAAGGUAGCGCCUUUAAAACGCAUGACCAUACCCAGAUUGGAUUUGACUGCUGCUGUCAUGGUAUCUCGUCUCCUUCUAAAGGUUCAACGAACCCUGAAUUUGACAGAUUGCCCUACGUAUUUAUGGACGGAUUCGGCCGUAACAUUGGCUUGGAUCACGACUCACCCAUCACGAUGGAAAGAAUUCGUACGUAAUCGCACCACUGUUAUUCAAGAAAUCACUCCAUCGACCACCUGGCGAUUUGUUCCUGGCAAGGACAAUCCAGCAGAUUGUGCAUCACGGGGAAUUAACAGCGCCCAAUUGAAGCACCACCCCCUGUGGUGGUCGGGACCUGCUUGGUUACGUCGGGAUCCACAUCAUUGGCCAAAUGUCAAUGCACCACCUACACCUCACCUCGAACAAGAAAAAAGACCGCGUCACGCCAUGGCAACUACGAAAGCUGCGGUGCCCACUUGUUGGGAAUUGCUGGCACGAUAUUUCUCUCUGCCAAAACUUUUGAGAGUUACCGCACUUGUUCAGAAAGCAGCUGAACGUUUUCGAUUUUCGCACUCGCCUACUUUGGAUAGCCCGCUGACGCCGCCCGAGCUGAGACGAAGUCGUCAGUUCUGGACUCGACUCGUGCAGAGAGCAUACUUUCCCGAGGAGAUCGGAUUGCUAUCCACCGGAAAAUACCUACCACGAUCGAAUCCGUUGAUACGUCUAACACCAAUCCUGGAUAGUGAUGGUCUUCUCCGAGUGGGGGGAAGACUUGAGAAUUCACCAUUAGACCCGGAAUCAAAACACCCGUACAUAAUACCUAGGCACUCACUUCUAACCACUUUAAUAAUUGCAGACUCUCACGCCCAGACCCUACACGGGGGAACGCAACUUACUUCAGCGCACAUACGCCAAACCUACUGGAUCGUUGGAGGUCGAGCUCCGGUAAGAUCACAUAUACUACGUUGCGUGCGUUGCGCGCGUCAUCGAAAACAACGGGCACAACAACUUAUGGGACAAUUGCCAACUGCUAGAGUGACUCCGGCCCGAGCAUUCCUAAAUGCCGGGGUCGAUUACGCUGGUCCCAUAAUAAUCAAGACUUGGCGCGGACGAGCCGCCCGAACUUACAAGGGAUACCUAGCCAUCUUCGUUUGUUUUGCCACCUCUGCCGUGCACUUGAAAGUCGUGACAGAAUACAGCACGGAAGCCUUUAUGGCAGCAUACAAGAGAUUCUGCAGUCGACGCGGAAUCUGUGCGACCCUGCACAGCGACUGCGGAACAAAUUUCGUUGGGGCCGAUGCAGAACUUCGCAAACUCUUCAACUCAGCCUCUCAGGAGCUGAAAGACUUAGCGAGCCUGCUGGCCGAUUGCGGGACUGAGUGGAAAUUCAUACCACCGGCGACCCCUCACUUCGGCGGCAUAUGGGAAGCUGCUGUAAAAUCGACAAAGUUCCACCUACGUCGAAUCAUUGGGGACUCAUUAUUAACUUAUGAGGAACUUUCCACCCUUAUGUCACAGAUUGAAGCUGUUCUAAACUCCAGCCCCAUCUCUCCGAUGUCUGAUGAUAGCGAGGACUUGUCGAUCCUGACACCGGGACAUUUCUUGAUCGGGGAUGCGAUCCAUACCAUUCCUGAACCAAACCUGAUCGAAGAAUCGUCAUCACGUUUAUCCCGUUGGCAAUUAAUCCGUCAAAAGAUGGAGCUAUUCUGGAAGCGUUGGACAACCGAGUGCCUUCAAUGUUAUCAGGCGAUAUCCAAAUGGCAUCACCCAUCAAAUGAAUUGAGAGAAGAUUCUCUGGUACUUCUGUUGGAUGAGCGUUACCCACCAACCAAGUGGCCGCUAGCUCGUGUAGUGAAACUACACCCAGGACAGGAUGGACUCACUCGAGUGGUAACAGUCAGAACAUCUACUUCGACACUUAAAAGACCCGUCACCAAAGUUUGCAUUCUGCCGGUCGAACCGAAAAACCGGAUAUUCGGCAACAAAGUUCCCGAAGGCGGGCGGGAAAAUGUUCUGGGCUAA